UUGAGGAAGAUGCAAGUGGGUCAAUGAGGAGUAUAUGAGAACUCUUGAGAUCUUAAGUAAGAAGCUGAAAUUUGUUGAAGUGGUUCUUAUGGUUAAAACUUCAAAAGCCCUUAAAGAUGUUCAGCCAGAGCUUGAAAAACUGAGGCAGAAAGCAGUUUCAAAGGUUUCUAACUUCAUUGUCCAUAAGUUUUAUGCAUUGAGAAAACCCAAAACACAAACAUUCAGAUCCUUCAGCAGAAUGUUCUUCUUAAAUACAAGUGUGGUUCAUGGGUGAGCAAUCACAGAUCUCAAUGGACAUUGACAAUAUUAUUUCAGUGACUUUGGAGAACUACCUCGAUCUUCAAAUGAAACCAGAGGAUGGUAAGGAAGCGAGGUAACAUUAUCAAUCUCAGGACCAGUGGGUUCAAGGGGUGCUUAAAGAAGAAUCUCCUGGCUCAUCUUUUCCAGAUAUGAGUAAGAGGGUUUCUUCUCUCCAGAACCCUGUGACUAAUCCUGAUUUGUAUUCAACAACUGACACUUUUAAGAGCCCCUCUUACUGGUCCAAAGUUUGCUUGAAUAAUGUAGCCAGGUUGGCUAAGGAAACUACAACAGUGAGGCGUGUGGUUGAACCCCUUUUUCAUCAUUUUGAUGUAGAAAAUCAUUGGUCAUCAGAUACAGGAGUUGCCUGUUCUGUUAUAUUGUACCUGCAGUCGCUUUUGGAGGAAUCAGGAGGAAACUCCCACCUGUUGCUAUCUAUCUUGAUCAAGCACUUGGUUCAUAAGAAUGUUGCCAAGCAAUCUCGUGUACAGAUUCAUAAUGUUGACGUUGCCACACAACUCACACAAAAUGCAAAGCUGCAGGCCUCUGUUGCUAUCAUUGGUGCAAUAACCGACUUGAUUAAACAGUUACAAAAAUGCCUGCAAAAUGCAGCUGAAUUAUCUAAUGCUGUGGAUGAUAUGGCUAAAUGGAAUACCGAUCUUCAAUAUGCCUUAGAAAAUUGCAUUUCACAGCUCUCAAAGAAGGUUGGCGAUGCAAGACCCAAUCUUGAUAUGAUGUCUGGUUUGCUAGAGAAUAUUCCAAAUAAUACUCUUAUUGCUAGAACAACAAUCUCGGCUGCUCAUAGGACUGCUCAGAUUGUCUCUUCCAUCCCAAACAUAUCAUAUUACAAGAAGAUCAGGGCAAGGAUACUUAACAAGCUGUUUCUAGCAUCUUGCCAGUCUCUACUUCACAGAAAGUAAGAAUUGGAAGUUUCUCCUUUCAGGAUGAAGGUAAAGAAAAAGAAAAACUCAUGGAUGGAGGACUGCAGGAGGAAAGUCGGGUACUAGAUGUGAAUGUGAAACACUCUCAUAGUCGGUCAUAUAGCUUUAAGCGUGCUCUGACUGAUGGAAAAACAAUAACUUCCUUCCAACUGAGUAGCCAUCAAGUGAGUGUUUUGCUUUCAUCACUCUGGGUUCAAGCAACAUCUGCAGAAAAUAACCCUGCAAAUUUUGAGGCUAUGGCUCACACUUGUAACGUUGCUUUAUUGUUUAUGCAAUUUAAGACAUCCAGCCACACGGCCUUAGUUUGGUGUUUUCAGCUUGCUUUUUCACUUCGGUGCAUCUCUUUGGACCAAGAAGGUAAGUUGCAUCUAAUGGAAAUGGUUUAAUUCAUUUUUCAACUAAGCCAUUUAAGAGAAUAUUUGUUGGGUACUCUGGAUCAUCUUGAAUGUUUUCUUUUCCCAUCCCAGUUAUAAAAUGGGUAAAAUUACAUUGAUGCUCUAUAUGACUUUGUAAAAGUUGAUAAUACAAAAGAUUUGCGGCUCACCUAUAAUCAGAAUCAGUUUAUGCUAUUUAACACCAACGCAAAUGUCCAUUUAAAACAUUUUUCAUCAGAUUGUUGCCCCCUCACCCCCGUCCGCUC